AUGUUGGCCCCUCUCCUUCCCGACGGGGUGGUGGAGGAGGAGGUGCAACGCGCCGUCGUGCACCUGGACGGGGGCGCCGUUGGCGAGCUUGUGCUGCACAUGCCCUCGGGCGGGGUGACCUACGUGCCAGUUCAGAUCCCCGGAGAGUCUGUAGUAGGUGCAGCGCUCGAGGGCCCCACCACACUGCGCAUCUGGCACUGCCACCGCUCGCGGUCGCUGCGCAAGACGCCGCCGCUCCACUGCGCCAGCGGCCAGGAGGCGGCGCGGCUGGUGGCGGCGGUGCGGGCGGCGUGCUGCUGGGCCAUGCGCACCUUCACGCGCCGGGUGCUGCCAAUCUGGGAGGGCGCGGCCGGCCUCGAGGUCACCGCAGCCCCCACGCGCGGCCCCGGCCACGCCGCCGAGGUGGCCGCCUCCGCCGACCCGCAGGCUUUUGAAAUCGUCGCGGUCUGCGGCUGCGACGCGGCGUUCUCCGAGGCGGCGCAGGGCGUCCUGGGCAGGCCGGACUGGCGGGAAGCCGCGCGGCAGCUGCCGCUCGCGCACGUGCCCGUCCCGCGCGUGCGGCUCGAGGCCGCGCGUGCCGCCCUCUCCCGAUCCGGCGCCGGCGCCGGUGGCGACAAGGGCGGAGGCGGCGUGCGACUGGCACACGCAGUGGGGAUCUCGGGCCCAGUGUCGGGUGCGUGGGCAGUGGUGAAGCGCGCGGUUGCGCCGCGCGACGUGGCGUCGGUGCUGCAGCCGCCGGCGCCGCGGCGCUUCAUGCUGCUGUCACUGGAGGCGGGCGGCGGCGCAUUGGUGAGCGCGUGGGCGGGCAGAGUGUCGAUGUGUGAGGCGACUUGA